GUUGGAAAAUUGACCAAUCAGAUUGCUCGAAAGUGUCUAGGCUCGCUGCACAAAAAUGUCUAGGAAUACCGAUUUUUGCUUUGGUUCCAAAAAAGGAAUACCGAUUAGCUUUGGUUCCAAAAAAAGGAAUACCGAUUAGCUUUGGUUCCAAAAAAGAAAUACCGAUUAGCUUUG